ACUGGACCCCUGGAGGAUCUCGUGCAGGAGACCUCAGACUGCUCUCCUUUUAGAUGAUCACUGUGGUGUGGGAACUGUUUCUCAGAGAGGAUGCACUACCAUCUUUGGAGGAAGGGACACUUCCAUCAAGCAGAAUUCCGGGACUCCUCUGCACCUGGCCUGUGCCAGUGGAUAUCCAGAUGUUGUGUCUGUCCUAGUGGAGAGAAAUUGCAACCUAAAUGUGUUCGAUAGUGACAAUCGAACUCCCUUAAUUAAGGCUGUACAGUGUCAGAGGGAGGAGUGUGUAGGUAUCCUGCUCAGCCAUGGUGCAGACCCCAAUGUUGUGGAUAUCGCAGGUGACACUGCCCUUCACUACUCUGCCCUCAGUCACAACACAACCAUAGCAGCAAAGCUGCUUGAACACAAAGCUGAUAUUGAAGCUAAAAACCAGGACGGCUAUACUCCUUUUUUGCUUGCAGUCAGAACAGAGAAUGAAAAAAUGGUGGAGUUUUUCUUAAAGAAUGGAGCAAAUGUGAAUGCCUGUGAUAAUUCCAAAAGAACAGCUCUCAUGAUUGCUCUCACCUUUGGUAAUAAACCAACAAACAUAAUCAGUCUUAUGAUUCAACAUAAUGUUGACCUCUCUUGUGAAGAUGAAUUUCAAUGGACAGCUAAAAACUAUGCUAAUAUCAGUAUUGUUGAUGUUAAUCGGGAACUAUUUCUCCAACAUGAAACUAGGCAGUUUAAUCAACUCCCUUCAGCCAGAACCAGUGGUCCAGAUGGGAAUUCUGAUAUUUCAUUUACUUUGGGUGGACCUUCCUUGGACAAAGAAGAUAUUAAGAACAAAAAAAUGCCAGAAGGAUUAGGAGGACCAGAGAACAAAGAAGCAGGUUUGAACGUAGUAGAAGAGAGUGCCCCAGAAGACUCUAUAAGCAGAUUUUCUGAUAAACCUGGGCCUGAUGAUUCCUGGCUAACUUCAGAUGAAGAAUUAGAUUUUAAUAUUCAGAAAUUCCCCAGGCUGAACUUAAAGAAUCUAAUGAUUACUUCUAAGAAAAUGAGAAACAAUAAUGAAAAAGAAGAUGUCAGAGAUUCCUUUCCCUGUCAUCCUGUCCAUCUCUCACCUGGCACCUUUUCAAUGCCUGUCCAGAAGAUGUCUACUCCACUGGACAUAAUUAAUAAGGAAGAAUUAAUAGACACAGAAGAGGAAGAGGAAAAAGAUGGUGCAUUAAUGGUUGAUAAUGGCACUAGAGAACAAAUACGUCAUGAAAUUUCCGAUACUCCCAGUGAACUUGAAGCUCACAAUCCAUCACAGAAGUGGGCUGUUGGAAAAGAUAUAUUGUCAGCAUUGCGAUUGGAAGAUGAGGAAGAUACACACUCACCUUGGGAUUCAGAGUGUGGCUCUGAAAGCCUCCCCAAAGGAUCUGCAAGACAAAUAUCAGCAGCCACAAAUAAAUCAAUAAUAGAAAGUAUUUCAAGUGGACAAUUUAAAGAUUAUCCUGAGAAAUAUCCUAAGUUGCAGCCCAGUCAACCUACUUUUGAAAUGAAAGACUCUUUCACAAACAAAUACAUAGAAAAAGGAUUGCAAGAAAAGCAAAAAUCAGAUUUACUGGAAGAAUUUGGUUUAUAUGGUGCAGAUGACACUACUGAUGUUUCCAAUUGGGAUUCUUCCAGUAUGUCUCAGAAAAGUGCAAGUUUUAUGGAUUUAAAUUUUGAUUGGAAUUAUCCUCACAAAUCAAUACCAUUGACAAAAAAUGAGUCAGAAUCCACAGUGUUUGGAGAAGUUCCUUUAAGAGAAGAUGUAACAGAAAAAAUGGAUUUUAAAGGAUCAUCAGAAGAAAACCAGGAACAUUUUUAUAAAAGUCAUCAGGAACAGGUUGAAGAGGAAAAGAAGCAUCAUCACCAUAAUGAAAUACAAACACUGGAGGAAAAAUGUGGUGAUAAAUUACCUGAAAAUAAAAUGGCUGGAAAAGGUAAUGAGCUGGUAAUUUAUAAAAAUAACAAUCAGCGAUAUAAAGAUGAGGAGAAUACAACCCCCCGGGAAGAAAUUCCAGAAAUGUGCAUUUCUUUUUUCAAGGAAAUUUCAGCAUCUGUGUACCAUCAUUUAAAGGGCAAGUAUUCUGCCAAGAAAUAUGUCAAAAAGUCUCCAACUGAUAAAAGGAUUUCAGAGGGUCUCAGUAUUACUUCAUCUUGUGAAAAGGUGAAUUCCUUAACUGGUACCCUACUCUGUAUUCAUGAUGGCAGCAGUUUUGGUGAAGUAGAUCUUCAUAAAGGAAGGUUUUCACUGAAAGAAAAGGAAGAAAAACAAUUGAACAUAGUCAUGGUAUUAAAAAGUAUCAGAGAACAAUUCAUAAGAGAAAGCCUAUUUUGGAAAGAAGUGGAGAUAAGAGAGCGAAUUGAAUUCUCUCUGCAGUUUCUGGACCAAGAACUGAGAACAGUUUACGAAGAACGAAAUGUCACUCAAAGUCAGAACGCCAGAGCUUUGCAAGAUAGACUUCUGAAUCAUGACCUAUGGAAGCAGGGAGAAAUAGUAGCAGCAACUACUUCUAAAGUGAAUCAGAGUUCUGAGCUUCCCGAUUGUCAUGAAAAAGAUCUGCUGCUAAAAAAACAUACCCUCCGGCCUGAAAUUACCAUGCUCAAACUGGAACUAGACCCAGUAAAAAUUCAGAAUCAGGAAGAAGAAAGUAUGUCUCCUGAAGAAAAAGAAUUUUUAAAAGAAAAGAAUGAUGAACUUCAAAAUAAAAUAAAACUGAAUGAGGAGGCAUUAACAAAAAUUCAGUACAAGUACAACAAACAGCUUACUGUUCUGAUGAUUCAGAAUCUAAAGCUGCAGUUUAAAUUGGCGAAUGAAAAGCAAAAUAGAGAAAUAGCAGAGCCAGAGGUUGAAUCCUGCCAUACCUGCGGGACUUCGAUUGAUGAUCAUGAACAAAGUCAGACAUCAAUAGAAGAUCUUGAAUACUCCUUUCUGCAAGAACGAGAUGAAUGGCUUCAUUUACAAGACAAACUAAAUAGUGAUUUGUCUAUUCUAAGAGAUUGCAAUGAUUUCCUUUCUGAACAACUUUUAGAAGCUGAAAAUAAAGCUAGUUUUUUAGGAAAAGAGCUGGAUUACUUGCAUGAUUCACUCAAAGAAAAGACAUUGGUUUUAGAAAGCACACAGAGAAACCUGAAUCAGGUACAACAAGAAGUAAAGGAACUUGAACGUGCAAAUCAAAUUGAAGAUGAAAAACUAAAUGAAUCUAUUGCCAGACAAGAAUCCCUGCAACAAAGGAUAGCCAAAAUCCAGAAUGAAAAUACAUGGCUUCGACAACAGCUAGAAAAUGCUGCAAAUGAUGUCAUCAUUAGCAGCCAGGUAGAAUUAGAGGAUGUUGAAGUAAACUUUUUUGAACCCUACAAUGAACUUCAUGAUGACAGAGAAGUACAUGCUCAUGAAGAGAGAAAUGAAGAGUUGAUCAAUGAAUGUAAUUGGUUAAGAGGGCAAAUAGAUGAAUAUGAAUAUGAGGAACAAGAAGGAGAGGAUACAAUAAGACAACUUCAAAAAGAACUUGCUGAUACCCUGAAAAAACAACCUAGACUAGAAGAUUUACUAGAGAUUAUGCUUCAUUAUCAAAAUGAUUUGGAAGAUAAAAACCAAAUACAGGAGGAACUAGAUGAACUCAAAAGUGAACAGCAAGAAUCUGAAGAAGAGCACAUGCAGGCAAAGCUGUCUAAAAAUGAGUUAAAAGAUUGUAUACAAAAGCUGGAAAUUGAAAAUGCCAGAUUAGAAGCUACAAUAAAACAACAAAUGAGCAAAAUUGAACAAAUUCAGGAAAACAUGUUGGAUCCUACUUCACUUAAUGAUGAAAGUGGAAAACUAAAGAAAUUCAAUGAGUCAAAGCAAUCUGUGAAAAGUCAUUUAGAAGAAGUAAUGAAGAAUAACAAAUUACAGAAAGAAAUCAUUAGUUUUAAAAAAAAGGAAUUAGAAAAAUGUGACAAAGGAGAUUUUCUUGACCAGAAAACACUUAAACAAGUACAUCCUGAAACAAAUGGAGAAAUUAGUACUUUAAAAAAUAAGAAUGAUGACCUUGUUCAACAAGUGGAAGCAACAUCUUCAAAAUGUAUACAAUUGGAAUCUACUAUUCAAGAUCUACAAAAAGAAGUACAUUCUAUGAAAGAAAUGCAAAAGAGAAGCAAAAAGCUAGAAGAAGAUAAAAUGCAAUUGGAAGAAGAAAUAGCAAAUCUUAAGCAUCAUUUAAAAAUUGCUAUACCAGAAUGUAGCCAUAAAGAACUAUAUAAACCUGAGUUUGAAGAAAAAGCAACGCAAGAGAUUAUAGAAAAACUGAGAAUACUCAAAGUAUUUUUACAGAAACAGGUAGAAUCUGAAGAAAAUGGAGAACAAUUAAGAGAAAAUUUCAGUGCUUCAAUAACAAAUGAAAUGAAGCAGCAAAUUAGAAAUAUUGAAUAUGAACUGUUCAAAAUAAAAAACUCAUGUCAAAACUCUGCUGAGGAAAAACUAAAGAUGUAUAGACAACUCUAUCAUGAAAAAUUAAAAGCCAAUGAAUCCUUGUCAAAGAAAUUAGAGCGAACUAAUAAGAGACUAUCUGAGAUAAGUUCCAGACUCCUAACUGAAACACAAAGGAAUGAAACUUUAAUUACCACUUUUACUUCAAGUCCAGUUCUGGAGCCAUUUCCUACUGAGAAUCCUAACAGAAGUUCAGUUUUCAAUAGGAGACUCAUGUCAUGCAGAAACAGUAUAUUCUAUUGGAAGCACAAUGUCUUCAAACAAUAGAGCCAAGGCCUAUUUUAGAAAGGUUUUUGAAGUGAUUUUUGGAAAGGAAACAUCAAGAAACUUCAAAAAUUAAUAUGGUGAAAUUUGCAGCAUUAUUAAAAUACUUAAAAAUUGCUGACAUUUA